ACCAUAAGUGUGGGAGGCUGUGCAGUUCAAAUGUAUGUAUUUACCGCAUUGGGACUGGCAGAGUGUUGCCUGUUAGCAGCCAUGGCUUAUGACCGCUUUGUAGCUAUUUGUUAUCCACUGCAUUACACUCUCCUGAUGGGCCCUCAUGUGUGUUUGAAACUGGCUGCAGCAUCAUGGACUACUGGGGUGGUGGUGGAGUCAGUCCAGAUUCCCUGGAUCUUCACUCUGCCCUUCUGUGGAACAGGAAAGAUUCAGCACUUUUUUUGUGACAUCAUGCCUGUAGUGAAACUGGCUUGUGUUGAUACCUCAUAUAAUGAGAUUAUGGUGUUUGCCGUCACUGUGCUUUUCAUUAUGAGUCCCUGUUUCCUCAUUCUGUGCUCCUAUGUGCGCAUUUUUGUGACCAUCUUGAGAAUCCCAUCAGCAGCUGGCAGACGCAAAGCUUUCUCUACUUGUUCUUCUCACAUCCUGGUUGUUUCUCUGUUCUAUGGCACUGCCUUGUUCACUUACCUCCAACCUAAGACUGUACAAACUCCAGAAACAGACAAAGCAACUGCACUCGCGUACAUAGUGGUCACACCUGCUCUGAAUCCUGUUAUCUACACCUUGAGGAACAAAGAAGUAAAGGAAGCCUUUAAAAGGGUAACACAAAGGAACUCUCUUAGACUAAUGACCUAA